AUGGAGACUUUUUGGCUGAAGAUGGAAAGCACAAACUUUGGUUUUGGUCUCGUUUUGGAGAAUAAAUCUUCCCGUUUUAGUUUUAGUGGAGAGCAGAAUCGUGGAAUACAUUUGAGUAUACUAAUGGGUUUCAUAAGACUAUGCAGUAUAGGGAUUUAG